AUGAUAGCUUUACGAUAUUACUACUCGCAGGGUGUUGGCCUGAUUGCAAGAGCCAUGAUCGAGUUUGAGAACCCUCAGCUCCCUGCCGUCUUCAGAGAGGCCGUCACCAUUGUCCAAAGGGAGAAGGAGGAGGAGCAGAGAAAUAUCGCCAUGACUUUCUGCACUGAGGUGCAAUCGUUACGGGCCCAGCUGCCAGCGAUCAUGGACAUGUUCUGUGACAGGGAUGGAGGGUGCAUCAUGGGGGCCAUGCAUAAAGCUGGAGACAUCAUCUACCUCCUGGACGGGGAGGCGCUUGGCUCCAUCUCUCAGGACAUUGCAGUCUGCCUUCGCCCCUUCAUUGACGACGUAAGGCUGGGAAACACAGGAGAACCCCAUUCGCCCCAUCCGCCUGUCUCUGGUGCCCUUGUCUCUCCCUCCCCAUCCUCUUUCCUCCCACCCCUCAGCCCUGCCAUGGAGCCUUCAAGGAGUGCCUCUGCCAUGGGUGGGGAAUUUCCUGCUCAGCCACCUCCCUGUCAGAGCUCUUCUCCGCAAACCUCAGCCUCAGCGCCAUACUCCCAGCCCCUGCUGCCACCUGGCCUAGGGGAGAGGGGGCCUGGCACUGGGCAGACGACCAGCUGUCUGGAGAACACCAGCCCCCAAAGAGGUGGAGAUUCCCAGCAGGAAAGAGGUGGGCUGGGAAUGGAGAGGGACAGGGUGCGCUCCGCUGCCAUUUUACUGCUUGGCAACGUGGUGAGCAGCGUGAAGGACCCAGACAAACCCAUCGUGCAGCAGGAAAUGAUCCACUGCUUGCUCCCGCUGCUGCUGCACCUUGAAGACCAGGAUGAGAGUGUGACACUGAGAUGCAAACUGACGCUCUUCCGCUGCACAGUGUUUCUCAGGUGGGCUCAUUUGAAGACGCUGUUCCGCAGCAUGGCCUGGGAUGGCUCCACACAGCACCUGAAGUGUGCCUGGAAGUGCUUGAUGCAGAACAACAAGAGCCACAUCCCCAAAUUCCUGUUCCAGGCCUUAGAGUACCUGGAAAGCUCACAGACAACAAUCAGACAUUCUGCAGCCCUGUUCAUUGGAAAUACUAUCCACCAUUACUGUGACUUGUUGUCUGAAACAGUGAAUGAAGAUGGCAUCUCCCGCCUGUAUGAAGCUUUUCAGGAAGUGCCUUUGACAUCUGACAGGACGACAGGGCACAUCCUCAAUAGAUAUUACAAAUGGCUGCAGAAGCUUGGAAAUCUCGUGUCGGGUUCUGCAUUCGACUAG